AUGCGAAUGCUCUACGAGAGAUGCUUGGAACACGGCUUGGAUGUUUUAAUAUGUUUCGUGGACUUUGAGAAAGUCUUUGAUAGAGUAAACUGGAAGAAACUGAUGGAAAUAUUGAAGAAGAUUAGAGUUGAUUGGAAAGAUCGAAGACUCAUCAAGAAUUUGUAUCUAAAUCAAGAAGCUAUUGUAAGUGUGGCAGACGGAAUGUCAGAACCGGCAGUAAUUGGGCGUGGAGUAAGACAAGGCUGCCUGCUUUCGCCGUUACUAUUUUCAAUCUACGCUGAAAUGAUGAUGAUAGAAGCGAUGGAAGAUGUCAGUACAGGAAUCAAAGCUGGAGGUGAACUACUGAAAGACGUAAGGUUUGCAGAUGACCAAGCAAUGGUAGCCAGCUCAGAAGAAGAUCUGCAGAAGUUGAUGGACUCGCUUGUUAAAAUCUAG